GUCGGGCUGAAGCGGCUUCUCCGUGCGGCGCAGUGAGCGCUGCGCACCGCGGGAGCCCUGUCCGUCUCUCCGCGCAGCUCCGCUUAAAGCGCCGUCGUUAAAGAGCCGUGAUGAGCGGGUGUAGUGGGCGGGGUGGGUGUAGGCAGUAGGCAGUAGGCAGUAGGCGAGCCUGAGAGGAGCAGCAGCGUUUAGCGCCGUCCGCGUUUCUUCAUGCUCAACUCGACGUGUAACCCCAUGGCGGAGCGCUGCUUCCUGCCCAAGCCCGAGCCUCCGCUGACCAAGCGCAAGGGCUUCUGCCUGGCCCGCAUGGUGAGCGUGAGCGGGAGGAAGGCGGCGGGCAGCGGGCGCGUUCAGCACGGAGGCGACGGCGGCGGCCGAGGAGGUGUUGGAGGAGGAGGAGGAGGAGGAGGAGGGAUGCCCUUCACCAUCCACUGCCACAUCGGCAAGGAGAUCAAACACAUCUGCAGCAACUGCAGCAGGAGCACGGGAGCGCAGGAGGCAGAGGACUUUGAGCGACUGGCUGCCAUGCGGUCCGAGUCCCUCAUCCCCGGCGCCCACACGCCACCCCUCCGCCGCAGGAGCAAAUUCGCCACUCUCGGCCGACUCUUCAAACCCUGGAAGUGGAGGAAGAAGAAGAGCGAGAAGUUCAAACAGACCUCUGCAGCUCUGGAGAGGGAGAUGUCUGCAAGGCAGACCAGAGAGGAUCUGAUAAAGCGAGGAGUUCUGAAGGAGAUCUUUGAGAAAGCCACCAUUGAAUUCCGGGCCUCUAUGGAGGGCGGAGUCUGUCCUCAGGAUCCCUCCCUAAAGACGUCCAUGGUUCUGCCUGUUAAGAAGUCAGUUGCGUUUCCAGGGGACAUUCAGGAAAACCCUGCCAAAGCUCCACUCUACCACAAGCAGCCGCCUGCACUGCCCCCAAAGCCAUUUCCCCGGCUGUCCAACCACAGCACAGAGCCAUGCCAGCCCCUGAAGCUGCCCUGUGUGCAGGGGAAGCUCUCUCCUCCUCUACCUCCUAAGAAGGUGAUGAUCUGUGUGCCGUCUGGAGGCCUGGAGCCGCCCGUCUCCACCCCGAGCCCCUUAGCCACCUACCCCCAGAAAUGCGCUCCCUUGAUGCACCACGGAGGCCUUGGGGGACACCACGGCCACCCGCACCAGCUGCAGUACGGCGGCGUUCCCAGCCGCAUCAUCGAGGAGCUCAACAAGACGCUGGCACUCACCAUGCAGAGGCUCGAGAGUUCUGCGUUGCACUCUGGUCAGUGUGGUCUUCUGGACGGCCGGCCAGUGCCCACGGUGGUGAUUGACUGCGAGGAUGACAAAGAGAAUAUGCCCAAUGAGUCUGACUAUGAGGACCUACCCAGCAUGUACAAGGAUGAACUGGAGGAGGAGGAUGACGAGGAUGAUGAAGAGGACGAUGACUCACUUUUUACAAGUACACUAGCCCGGAAGGUGCUGAGGAAAGACUCUCUGGCUAUAAAGCUGAGUAACCGGCCAUCUAAGAGAGAGCUGGAGGAGAAAAAUAUUCUGCCCAUGCAGACGGACGAGGAAAGACACGAGUCCAGACAACAGAUUGGCACCAAACUCACACGGCGGCUGAGCCAAAGACCCACAGCAGAGGAGCUGGAACAGAGGAACAUCCUGAAACCACGGAAUGAACAGGAGGAGCUGGAAGAGAAGAGGGAAAUCAAGCGGCGGCUAACACGCAAGCUCAGCCAGAGGCCCACAGUGGAGGAACUGCGACAGGCCAAGAUCCUCAUCCGCUUCAGCGAUUACGUGGAAGUGGCUGACGCGCAGGACUACGAUCGACGGGCCGACAAACCCUGGACCCGCCUGACUGCUGCAGACAAGGCUGCCAUACGGAAGGAGCUCAACGAUUACAAGAGCAACGAGAUGGAAGUGCAUGAAUCCAGCCGUCAUUUAACCAGGUUUCACAGACCGUAGACCUCCACUGUCCGGAGUGCUCCAGCAGCACCUCCACCGCUACCAACCACAAGUGCUGGUCAGUCAAUGGUGCCCAAAUCUACACAAAAAGCCAAGUCCUCGAGGAGAAGGGGAUCAAAAGAACAUGCCUUUUUCAAGCUCCCCAAGACUCGGACGUUCCCUUCACCUCACCACCCAGCCAACCUGGACUCUCACAGUAGCAAAGCACCACCUGGGUAAACCCUGGGCUUUUCUUUAGAGGGGGUGUCAGUGCUUAGACUCUCAUGCUACACUUCCCAUCACAUUAGGCGUUUGUGGUGAGAGGGGGUGUAGAAAGGAACUGGAAUGGCCUUUCUGUACCACACUUUUACCCUCUUCCUGAUCCCUCUUCCUGAUUCCUGCCUGUUUUCAUUGACGCGCUGGACUUUCGACACUCCAUUUGAGGAGAAACUCUCUCGGGCCAUAAAAAAAAAAAGUAUUUGGUUUCUGCCAGGAGGUGGCGCUCACCCCACAGCCUGCCAUGGCACAGCUUCAGCUCAGACAAAACUGGGCUUCUUGUGCAAUAUUCAUUCACCCGGCGCCCUCUGCUGGUCAUCCGGCCAUCUCCAGCGCAUCCAAACUGUACAGACUGUACGCAGCAAACUGUGAAGCGUGGAGCGCAGACUUCUUUUAGCUUGCGCGCCUCCACGAAAUGUACAUUGUGUUUAUACCAAGUUAUUAAAUAGGAUAUUUUAA